UUGUCAUGUUUCGCAUAGUGCUAUUCAGUAUUUUCGCCUAUAUCGAGUGCGCGACCUAUCCUUAUCAAUACGAUUCGACUAAUCGAUAUCCUAGCUCAACUAUAUCAAGUUUAUACACCAACUUUCCAUACAAAACUGGAAGCUACGGCAGCGAUAUAAGUAAUUUUCCUGAAGCUACGCGUUACCCCAGCUACAGCCCUUCUUAUGGAUACUCCAGCUACUCAACUAGCAGAUACCCGAAUUAUAGCUCAAACUACAAUAACGGGUAUUCAACAAGUGGGUAUAACAGGUAUGGAACGGGGGGAUACAGUUCUUAUGAGGCACCGUUUGUAAGAGAUAUUGGAAGUUGCGUGAAUAGAUCUCCGCAGACUGGAAUCUGGAUUGACAGCCUUAUGGGCAUGUGGUAUGGAGUGGAACUCGUGCAGCAUUUGGGCGCAGACCCCUGGUUCGACCGCAGGGACAGCUGCAUAGUGAUACAUAUUUCCGAACCCAUGGACAGGCCUUCGACGGAGCACCAAUUAUUCCACGUGCAGCACAUAAACGCGAGGUUUCGGCAGGAAUAUCGCCACCUGCGUCUUUUGUGGGACGAGGCUGGGCAGACCAUAGAAUAUGCACUGUAUUUCCGUAACGAUUCCGCUGGCUACUGGCAUGUCUUUGAUGGCCAAAACGGGACACUAACGAAUCGCCGGAGUUACCAGCAGUUCAGCGGGACCGUGCAAGUUUUAAAAGCAGUCAAUGACCAUCUCCUUCUCAAUUUCUGUCAAGAAGGAGGCGCCAUCGGCCGCUCUCCUCAACUGUACUCCGUCCUCUUCUCACGAGCACCAGGAUCCCUGAAUCGCUGGGAAAUAGAGGGCAUACAUAGUCUUUUACAAACAAAAAAAUUGUCAGUUGCUUCCAGAAGAAUGGUUUGCGGAAAUAGUGGAGCGUAUAAACCUUUUGUUAGUGUUAUAUUUUCAAUUUUGACAUGUCUAUUGGCUUACGUUGUUGGCUCUUCUUAGGCGUUAGAGGACACGUCAGGCGUAGUUCAUGAAAAAGUCAUAAUGCCUUUUCAUUGGGUUAACUAAAUUAUAAUAUGAUACCCACUUUAAAUACUUUAUCACUAUUGUGAUCAAUUGUAUCAAAGCUUUUAAAGAGUAACUUCAGAACAUUUUGUUUCUGAGAAACUUCUGUCCGUAUGACGUCAUUGUUUAUAACAAAAUAUAUAAGGUGCUUCAAAAUGCUGUUUGCCAAAACUUAAUUUGUAUUGAUUUGCAUUUAAGUAAGAUUGCAGAAGAGUUUAUUUUAAAAUAUAAUUAUUGUACAGAAACAUUUUACAGACUCGGGAGUUAUUUUUAAAAUACUAACAUUCUCAUAGGACCAUCAUGAUACCAAGUUGCAGUGCAAUUCAGAGCUUUAAAUCGUAAAGAACUGAGGGGCAUUGCCACUGCGCCCGUCACGUUGUGACAUAAGUUGACAAGUCUGAUAUGCCUGUAAUUCCACCAGUAGGGCUAGCACGAC